AUGAGGCCUGCGCUCUUGCCCGCGUUCUCGCUGACGCAGUACCGAACCCGGCGCAGGGCGGCCAGGCUGCCCGCCGACGCCGAGGUGCAGGCGCUUCCGCCUGCUUGUGUGCCGCCUGCUCUGCGGCGUUUGCGCCUCCCUCGCCGACGCCUUUGGCCUUCCACCGACGCAGUUCGUGGAGCGCCUGCGCCUCGGCGCCGGCGACCAGGCCGCGAUCAGCGCGGUGUGGGACGGGUGUUCCGCGACUUCACGCUGCCGUGCGGCCUCCUGUACGGCUGCGCCGGCCCUUUUCCCCCGAUGCGCGUGUGCCUUCUCACAGGCGGGCUCGGGGGCGCUGCUGCUUGGCCUGGCGUUCGACGGAUCCGCCCCGGGGAACGCGACCGACUUCUCCGUGCGCUGCGCCGUGAUGGGCACCCGCGCCGGUCUCGUUGGGGCGUGGCCUACGCUGUGGCGUUGGCGGAGGCCUCCCCGCCCCCCAUGCGCCUGCGAAGGCGCUGGCCGGGCGUGGCUCCCCCGUGCUCGCCGCCGUGGGCGUGA